AUGGUGUGGUGGUACUGCUGGAUUCUGGCCAGUUUCUUCGCAAUAUGUACGGCCGGCGCGAGUUGCCAGGAUGUCUCCACUUCGGAAGAUGAGGAGUGUCAGGCGGCACAGUUCCUGCAGACGGCCACGCACAUGCGAAGUGAGAGUCAGGCAUGUGGCCACCUCAUUCCCGGGAGCGUGGGCGAUCCUACGACUUUCUUCAACAACAAUUGCAAGUACCACACGCACGGGUCCGACUGCAAUCGGCCUAUUCAGGAUAUUAUGGCGGAGAACCCUGGAAUGGAUGGGUUUUGCUACUUCAAUGGCAGUGCGAUGUACAUCUUCGUGCGAGAAGACUACUCCGAGCCAAACUUCGAAGCCUCGGCAGUCUCCGGUAUUCUGGGACUCCGGACUCCAGACUACAAAGGACUCGACUCUGGCCCAGAAGUCACGUAUAGAUUCGAGGGUGAGACGAUCUUCAGCCACAUGGACCUAAUGCAUUACAUCUACGACGACCUGUAUGCCUACUCUUUGGGAGCCUUGCAGGGCCAAGGUCUGGAUGUUGGCCUCAUCAAGAACAGCACUGCGUGGAUUGCCGUGUCCGAGUCCAAGUGCCAUGAGCUGCAGGCAAAGUACCACUUCACUCGUGAAGAUAUGGUCUUCAGCGAUGUCCUGGACAUGAACAUGCCCCUCCUGGCCAUGAGCCUGUGUGCUGGGAGCCAGGAGCUCCCUGAGAACCUCCGGGUCCCGUAUGUGACAGAGAAGGCAAACUAUCGCAACUCCACCAGCUGCCAAUCUCCAUCCAGGAGGGAGUAUGCCCGCCACCACUACAUGAAGUGUCUCCUCGGCUACACACAUUCGGCUGAUGACCUGGCAUACCUGGCGACCCGGGCUUGUCUGAUGGAGGGGAACAAGAUUGGACAUUUCGGCGAGUGUCCAUAUCAGCCGCUUUUGCUGCGGGCGGCAUCUCCUGGUGACUUCUCUGAGCAAACGGCAGGUUUUGGUUGCGACAUGUACGCAAGCUUGAUCUCAGUUUUUGUUGCUUUGGAUCUGAUUGGGCAGUUUGUGCGAUGGGUCAAGUUUAUCAUCGCCUUCGCCUACGCGUCUGCGGCAGCGUCUGAAUCACGGGAGUCCUGCAACGCGCGAAACCUCGGCAUCACCAAGAUCAUUGCCUUUGGGGACAGCUACUCGGAUGUCGGAAAUAUUUGGAAGGCGUCCAAUUAUACGCAACCAGCAAGCCCCCCCUUCUGGAUGGGGCGAUACUCUAAUGGAAGGAACUACCUCGACUUCUUGGGGAUGAUGCUGGGCACGGCCGUGUCCACGGAGAACGGUUUUGCAUGGGGUGGAGCAACAACAAACAACGACUUUAUCCCCGCCCACUCCACCUUCAUUGAUGGGCUCGUUCCCGCGGUCAAACAGCAGGUCGACUCAUACUUGGACCAGUCGAGGCAAGAUGAUCCGGCAACCACUUUGUUUAUCAUCAUGGUGGGUUACAAUGAUUUUUGGUGGUUUGUGAAGCGGAAGGAAUAUUCGAUCUCGGCGCUGACCAGUGUCGCGAGGCAGGUGGCCACCAACAUGUUUAGGAGCGCUGCGACACUCUACUCCCAGGCCGGGGCAAGACGGUUCUUGAUCGCCAACAUCGUGGACAUGUUGCUCCAUCCGGAUGCUGCCACGAAAACGGCAGAACAACGAGCGGCAUAUGGAAUUCUAAGCAAGGAGUUCGAAGCUUUCUUUGAUGCCAAACUUGCGAAGUUUGCCACGACAUAUGCCGACGCCGACGUGACCAAAUUUGAUGUCAACAGUCUCUUUGUUGAGAUAACAACGAGCCCCAGUUGUUUCGGCUAUGACAACGUGGUCGCCGCAUGUGCGAAUGGGACUCGUCUGUGCGAGAAUCCAUAUGGAGCGUUGUGGAUCGAUGAGUGGCAUUUUUCGACGCAAACGCAUAAGAGGGUUGCUGAUCUUGCUCUUGCUGCAUUGAGCUCAUAG